AAAUAUGGAUUUUGGUACUCCAUGCAAUGUUUUGUUUAUUAUCUGAUUAUUAUUUCUUUCGAUUUAUCGACGAAUAAUGUAAUCUUAAAGUAUGGGCACUGAUAAUCUAUUUAUUCAUAUUUUGACAUAAAGUACAGGCAUAAGAACUUUUAAGAUAAAUUUGUUGAAUCAGAGUAAUGUGAUAUUGAAAUUAUGAGUGGAGGUAUAGUGCCUAGUAAAUCUACUGUAUAUAUAUCAAAUUUACCAUUUUCAUUAACAAAUAAUGAUAUACAUCAACUUUUACAAAGUUACGGAAAGAUAGUGAAAGUAACUGUAAUGAAAGAUAAAAUUACACGACGUAGUCGUGGGGUUGCAUUUGUGUUGUUUUUAAAACCAGAAGAUGCUUCUUCGUGUGCAAAAGGUCUUAAUAAUACACAAAUAGGUGGACGAACUAUAAGAAGUUCUAUAGCAGUUGAUAAUGGACGUAGCACAGAAUUUAUACGUCGUAGAGAUUAUCCAGAUAAAUCCCAAUGUUACGAAUGUGGAGAGGAAGGACAUUUAUCGUAUGCCUGUAGUCAUAAUAUGUUGGGACCAAGGGACCCACCACAAAAAAAAGUUAGAAUAAGAAAGAAGAGUAAAACAUCUGUUACUCAUGAUACUAGCUAUUUUGAUAGUGACAGUGACGAAGGUUUAAGGAAGUCAAAAAAAUCAAAGAACAUUGAUAAUGACGAUACCGAUGAUAAUUGUUCAGAAAUGGAAAUGGAAACAUUAAGUGCAGCUAUCAAACAGGAGCAACAUCUUAGAGAGCUAGAACAAUAUAAGCAUAAGGUGGCAACAGGUCAAUAUGAUGAGGAGCAUACUGAAACAGUUGUAAGACGAAAACGAUAUAAAGAGAAUUCAUAUUUCAGUGAUGAAGAGGAUAUCAGUGAAUGAAAACAUAAGAGAUUGUACUUGACAUUAUCAUGUAAUUAUAGAAAUCAUAAAUUUUA